AUGUCAACUUCAAAUUGGCGCCCCGGCAAGCGAGUUGCCAUCGUUGGAGGAGGACCUGGAUCAAUUUCAACAGGCCUAGCCUUCAUCAAACGAGGCUACGAUGUGCGUCUUUAUGAGCGACAACCAGAAUGCAAAGCCAUUGGAGGUGCAGUUCUCUUAUCAACUCCUGUCUUGGCUAUUCUUCGAUCCUACGGUUUGAACGAGGAAAAUUUUGGCUCCUACACAGUGACUUAUUUCAAGAAUAAGUCCGGUGCAGAACGUGUCAAGUUACCCUUCAACGCGGAUGUUGAGAGAAGCAUGGGCAUCAAAGGUUGGCACUACGGUGUUCUCCGUUCUUCCAUUUUCAAAAAGAUGUUAGAGCUUGUACCCGAGGGUGUGAUUCAUGCCGAUCAUGAGUUCACGUCUUACACCGAGCUUGAAGACGGCGUUGAACUCUCUUUCAAGAAUGGCCAUCAGAUCACAGCCGAUAUUCUUAUUGGAGCGGAUGGAAUUCAUUCUAGGGUAUCACGACAAGCCUUUGGUGAGCCUAACCUAUUCCACACCGGAAUUCGGCUCUGGCUUGCCUGGUGUGAUUAUAUCCCCGGUAUUCCACCAAACGAAGGUGCUAUUUCACACGACUUUCAACAUCAGGCUAGCUUUUUCCCGAUGAUGCACGACGGCAAACCAGGAUUUGAGUGGUGGGUGGUUGAACCAUCGUGGGAUGGGAAACCUGUCCCGGAAGAUCCUAAAGCACACCUUACCGAGAUUCUAAAGGACUGGGCAGAGCCGAUGCCUCGAUUUUUAGAAGCCACCAACUUCGACACUCAAGUGUAUCGAUGGGAGAUCUUCAAUCGGCCGUCGAUGAAGAAAUGGUCCAAAGGUCGGAUUGUGUGCGUCGGUGAUGCUGUGCACCCGGUGUCGCCCUAUGCCGCAUAUGGCAUGGGCAUGGCAAUCGAGGACGGUUACUUUCUUGCUAGGGCACUGGAUGGGGUCGACCUGCGUGACUUGCGUGCGGUUAACGCCGGAUUUGAGGUUUACGAGGAAGAACGAGUCGACUAUGUGAACCACAAUAUGGAAUUUGCCCGUUUUCUGGGCAGAAUGUUCCAUUCUAUUCCUCGACCCCUCGCCACCGUUCGCGAUAUGAUUUUCGACUAUACUCCGUUGCUGAGCCAUUUCCUCAAGGAUGGUUACCUCAAAAAGUCAGAAGAGGAAACUCUUCGUCUGAAGGAGCUUCGGGUGAUCUGA